AUGACAACAGAAGAACAACAUUUGGAAGAAUACCGUAAAUUGCCAGUAGCGAUAACAACGGAAGUAGAAUCUUAUGCAGGAUGGCUAAUGGAUGCUGAGAAAAUAAUAAAUGAAAAACAAAAUAGUGCAAGCAAUACUCAGUCACUACAAAGAGAAAUUGAAAACCUAAAACAACAACUCCGAGUUCACCAAAAUUGUGCAGCAGAGAAGCAACAACUCCAAAAUCAGGUUAAUAAUGUCAAUAACCAAUUAAAAACCGAGCAUGCUAAUUGUCAAAAAGAUAAAGAGCAAUUAGCCCAACAAAUCAAAGACCACCAAACUUCCCAAGUUGAAAAGGAAAAACUCAAUCAACAAAUCACUCAACUCCAGCAAGAUAAACAAGAUUUACAACAGCAACUUGUUGAAGCCAUGGCAGAACUUACUGGUGCUCAUCAAUUAGAAGGAGAACUGGAAGCUAAGAUAGUCCAAACAUCACCAUUCACUGAAGGGGGAAAUAAAUAA